UCUGCACCAUCUGGCAACACUGAGUCCUCGCCGCCAAUGUUGAUGGUCUUAUGUCACCCAAAAUUACUUAGUGUGUGUGGGAAUCAAAGGGCAAGGUGUCAACCCUGCCACUCUCCGGGUCAGCAGAGAGGACUGAUGGGAGGCUGGCAGCACAAUGGACCACGCUGGAGUGAAGGCGGCCCUGGCCAGGGUGAUGUCACGCAACAGUUGGUUGCCGGCGUUGAUACAAGAGAAUGAUGACACAAUUACAAGGGACACCAUCAUGGAGCAGGUGGAGGCCAGAGCAGUGUCCCUGGGUGUGGCCCCAGCACUGGUGGCCAAGGACAUGCUACUCUCCCGGCUCAAGACUCUGGCUCAGGAGGUUGUGAAAGGUCACAAUCGUUGCAGGGAACUUGAGUUGUUAGCUGAUACUAUGGGGCACUUGGUGGAGAGGAAGAUUCUGGCAGGGACGGAGGUGGAGGAGAACCUUUUGCAGGAGCCUUUGCUUCUUUCCCUGCCACUGACUGCAAUUUGGAGGAUGAGUCGUGCCAGAGUCAUCUCCCUUGAGCAGGUUAUUAAGAGCAUGUAUGAAGACAACCUUGGCAAAAAGGCAUUAUUGGUGGGUGAGCUGCUGGACCUGCUGCUCCACCAGAGGGGAAGCAGCAGCACUCAGGCAGCCAGUGAUGUCCUUGCCUUGUUGGUUGACUUGGUGUACAAUGGCAGCGGCAGCAUUGGUCAGGAGUGGCAGCCCCUUGCUAAGUUUGCAGGUGAAGUGCUUCAAGCCUUGACGGAAGGAGUGUUAGAUGCUGUACUUACUUCCAAGACCCGCCAUCCACCCCACAAGCAAGAAACUGAGAAAGGGACAUGUAAGCAGGUAGCAGAAGACCACCAGAAGAGUUUUUCAGAGAAGCACAAGAAACAAAAACUGGAUGAUGAAAAUGAAGCGUCAGUUGACAGCUGUGAGGCACCCAACAUGUACCAGCUGGUGUUGGAGAACCCCAGGGUGCCCCAGGAGGCCUUGGAGGGCUUCUUUUCUGCUCAGCUUGUCCAGACACUGACUCACAGGCCUAACAUCAAGCUGACCAGAGUCUUGAAGGAGCAGGAGGCAUGGUGCUCUGCUAAGGCCAACCCUACCCUUGUUGCCCUCAUGCAGAAGCUGUUAGUGGGAUUAGGGCAUGAGGAAGCACUCAAUGUCCUGGAGCUGGUCUUGUCUAAUGAAGAAGUCAACUGGGGCUGUGUCCUUACCCUAGUGGCCACCGCCCUUACCUGUCAUCGUGCUACUGCUGCCAGACUGAAAGAGCUGAUAGAAAGGAACAUCCGUCGGGGCUGUGAGGAGCUGGAGGUGGAGCCCAUGGUGGUGGGCUUCUUGUUUGCGCGCCACGCUGGGCAGGAGGGGCGGCACCUCUUCCCGUCCUAUGCUCAGUGGUUCUCGUCACUCUUCUCACCAGAAAAAAUAAGUCCGGCAGUCCAGAAACAAUCAUUUGUUUUUCUGAUAAGGUUCCUGACAGACAUGGUCCCCCAUGAACCAGCCCACUGCCUGCGUGCUCACCUCAACUCACAAAUCUUCACUCCCAAUGGCUGCCGUGAGAUCCUUCUGUCCUACAACCAUUUGGCCCGAGCAAGACUGCAGGAGUUGAAGGAGAAGCUGCAGGACAACUUGCAGGCGCCAUCCUCCAGGGCCAAGGGGGUGGAGGAGGUGGAGGCAGCAGUGAGGCAGUUCUCUGAGACCGGCAAGAUUCCCAGCUUUGUCUUGCAGGCUUCCAUAUUCCAGGAAACUUAUUUCAGGUCCUUCUUCAUUCCUGCCCUCCUAGCCCCAAGACACCUGCCAGAGGUUCCUGAUGCCCAGGCCAAGCUGAUUGAUGCUCUGCAUGCCCGAGGGAAGAUCAGCCAGACCCUGAUGCGGAACUACACAGAGGCAUGUCAGAAGCAAGCAGUCGACCUCCUCCAAGGGGUGUUCAUGGAUGUAGAGGAGGAAGAAAUGCAGCUUGAGGAACCAAUCACUGAGCUGAAGCACCUUUUAGAGGAGCUGGUCGCCACACAUCACAAGCACCCUGCUGGGGACAGCAGUUUGAUUGCCUCUGAAGUGUUGCCGGUGCUCUCCAAAGUGUCCCUCAAGAUGGAAGAGAUGAUGAAGGGUUUUGAUGCUCAGCUCAAGAAUGCCAGGCACCUCAUCUUUGACCGACGCCUUUAUGAUGAGAAGCUUCUCCCCUCGCAGAUCGUAGAUCACAUAAUCAACACCCUGGCAAGGCUGCUGCCUUCACCAGCCACUGAGGAGAAUGAGGUGGAGGAAGAGAAGCCUCAGUUUCUCACGCAACUCCUUUCACUCCUCUCCACCAGUGGGACUCUUCAGCGCUCCCUUCUCCUGCUGUUUUUCCACCACUUUUCCCUGGAAAACCUCACACAGGAACAACUCAGGACAAAUGGAAUUGUCCUUUGUGAGCUGAGCAAAAUUGAGGGACUUUUCCUUCCAGUGGUGGAGGCUACCCAGCCCAACCAGGCUCCCACGCCCCUCACUGCCUACUACCUUCGCAACUUGCCCUUGGACACCCCUGCUGCUUUACAUAAUGUUUGCUGCAUCCUGAGCAGCUGGCUGAAGUGGCACAUCAUGUAUGAGGGUGCUGCCACCUCACUUCCCAAGGAACCCCUCCACCUCUACCUCUGCCUUGCCCCAAGACUCCCUCUAAUGCUGAACCACAGUGAGGACAAUGAAGUGACAACAGCUGAUGUGUACAACUACAUGGAAGGCAUUGAUGUGCCUGAGUGCUCUCGUCUCUUCUAUUCCGAUGACCUCAAGGGGCAAAGCUACAAGAUCCCCCUUGAAACUUGGCUGGAAUUUGAGCUGGGAGCCACCUGGGGAGAUGUGCCUGUGGAGGUGAGACAGACGUUCCUCUACAGCCGCCUCCUGGGGAAUGUGUCUCUCACCCAGCACUUCAUCAGCUCCACACCCGAGUCACACCCACCUCUUCUCGACAGACUGGUUGCUGCUUUCGUUUCUUCUUUUGCUGUGUUGGGCUUGAAGCGGCGUAAUUCAAGUGAAUUGUUGCUGCUGCUGCAGAAUGCUGGUCAGCAAUGCAAGAAUGUUGGCUUCUGUCUGUUGGAGGCAUGGUAUUUGGGCUUUAAGGGAGGAACAAUAGACAGUAGAAGCACUCUCUCCUAUAUAAGUAUUUGUCGCUGUCUGUCUGCAUCACUCUUCUUGAGGGGUGACAAUCUCCUGAAACUUGCUGAGCUCAUGCAGACUUUAGUAAAUGUGCUAAUGAGUGUUACGGACAUGAUCCAACUAAGUCUGUGUGAUACCACCUUCCUCUGCACUUCCUUGCUCUCUGCUGCUGCUGAACCCAACAUCAAAAACCUUCACAUUGCACUGUGCCUCAAGCCCAUCAAGCCAGCGGUUGUGUUCCAUUGGGAUUCACUGAGAACUUUCUUUGGGAGUCACAUUGCCACUAUUGGGAAACAUGAGUGCCUCAAGGUCCUGUGGAUUACGUUGUCCCAAGAAAGUCCUGACCUCCUACUUCUGGGCUCUGAAGAAGCAGGAGUCCGUCUUCUCUCCAUCACCCUCAGUUACAGUAAAGCUACCUGCAACAAAGCAAAAGAUAUUAUCAUGUCUUUUUGUGGGAAAACGUCCUAUCUAAAAUGGCUGCUGGCUUACCUGGGCUUACGACAGGUGAAAGGAAACAUUCCUUACCUUUUUGAGGAAGACCUAAAAGUUACUGAAUUGGAUGAGAGAGUUAUGUUGUGGAGUUUUAGGGAACUUAUGAAGCUUUUAGGGAGUAAAACAGUAACUGAGGUCACUGGAGAUAUAUUUCCUGGAAAAGAAGAGACUUGUUUAGGCUUUAUGUUAGUCCCUGUGGCUUGUAUAUUUGUGGUGUUGUGUGGGAAGGAAGGGCACUUCAGCACUGAGAUGCAUGAUAACUCGUGUGAAGCAAAAGUUUUGGAGAUUCUCUUGCUAUGUAGUAACUUAAUUUGCCAAACGUUUGACAACCAGAACAAUGGAGAGGAUAGACAGCCAGACAGUAAGCCAUCAAGGAAAAGCCUUCUGAGCAGUAAAAGAUGGCAACCAGACUUGGAUUAUUUGUCACACAUGCAUCAGAAACUAAUAUUGUACCUGUCUACUACUUCUCCCUCUGUCCUUGCUAAGAUUACAAAAAAUACAAUAAUGAACUGUGAUAGUGAAGUAAGGGCUACUAUUUACAGUAGAGUAGCCAGUAAAAGAACAUGACCGGCCUUGAGAAACAAGACAACAUCAACAGUCACAGAAGGAAGAUUACCUGGUAAAUGAAGGUACACUGGCCCAUGUUAUUAAACUCUUCCAAGCCUUAGUCCAUCUAUUUCAAAAGGCUCCUGCAGAAGUUGAUGGGGCUUCCAUUGGUAGUCCUGAGCCUGGCAGCAGUUUUGGAAGGCUUAUGCGCUGUGAAGGGGAAAAACACUCAUGACCUGAUGUAACUCUUCUCUUUUUUAAAAGUGUUUGUAACAAGUUGUUACAGCCACUAGAAAUGGCUGUGAUCAUAACAUCUUGAACCCAUGAUUUCCCAGUCUGUUGAAGCUCCAGGUUCCAACUGGCUUUUAAUGUGAUAAGGUUGUAACUUCAGUGUAUGCAUCCUGAUUUACAGCACUCUUACUCAUCCUCAUCAUUCAUAACUUCCUCCAUUAACAGAAGGGAUUCUUAUGCAGCCUUCUGCCACAUCUACCCGUUAUCUUGCAGAACAUUCCACUAUAAUCUCUAACAACAUUACUAUUGAUCUAUCCAAUCAAUGCCAUUUUUAUUCACUUAAUUUUUAAUACAAUACCCCCACACUUUCUUACACCCAGUCUCACCCUCAUGUAUAAAUAUUUAAACGUUUUAUAUAUUUCUAGAUGUAAAAUAGCUACUUAUGAGGAAGGCAGAACAACUUAAACUGGUUUUAUGUGCUUUCAUAUUGAAAAAAGUUAUCACUGAAAAAUAUAGUUUUAUUCAACA